GGGCGGAGCGGCAGCCGGCAUGGGGGCCGGGGCGCUGGCCGUACGCCAAAGCAAAUCGGCUGUGAGACUGAAGGAGGACAUGAAAAAGAUAGCUGUGCUUCCACUGAACAAGCAGAGGGACACGACCUGUCCAAAGGUGUUUGGUGUGAGUCUUCUGGAGCUCCAGCAGCAGGGACUGAGCAAAAAUGGAAUCCCGAUAGUUGUGUGGAAUAUAGUGGAGUACCUCACCCAGCAUGGAAUGACACAAGAAGGUCUCUUCAGAGUGAACGGCAGCAUGAAAAUGGUGGAGCAGCUGCGUCUGCAGUACGAGCGUGGGGAAGAGGUGGAACUUGUUAAAGAUGGUGAUGUGUACUCAGCAGCCAGUCUGCUGAAACUGUUUUUGAGAGAGUUGCCAGAUGGAAUUAUCACGUCUGCCUUACAUCCCAGGUUCAUUCAGCUUUACCAGGACUCUAGAAAUGAUAUGCCGAAGGAAAGUUACUUGAAAGAACUCCUUAAAGAGUUGCCUGAUGCUCAUUACUGCCUGCUGAAGUACCUGUGCCACUUCCUGAUAAAGGUUGCUGAACAUCACGUAGAGAACAGGAUGAAUCUUUGCAAUCUUGCCACUGUAUUUGGACCAAACUUGUUUCACGUGCCCUCUGGAUUUGAAGGGAUAAAGGAGCAGGAGAUCUGCAACAAGAUAAUGACAAAAAUGCUGGAAAAUUACAAUACCUUGUUUGAAUUAGAAGGCUUGAAGAAGGAUGAAGAAAAGCCUGUAUGUGAAGAGCUAGCAAGAAUAAUUUUGGUAAAAAUGACCGAACUCCCAACGGAACAAUCCAGCCAAAUGUGCCUAUUGCCACAACCAGGCCAGUCAGAUGGAAUAUCUCAAGUCAGCCUCCAAUUAACAGACAGUGGUUCAUGUGGAAAGGAGAUGGACUUAGCAGAUGAAAUCUCCUUCAUUAACAAUGAUGUGUUUUUCUCCAGCUCCCAAGAAGAUGAGCGGCCUAUGUCACCCUUCUAUGUGAGUACCCACGUAUCACAAGUCAGUAGCAACGUUCCUGCUACGGGAGAGUAUUUAGAGAAGACAAUCCGCUCAGCCGUGGAGCAGCAUCUCUUUGAUGUUCAUGGCUCAGGCGGCCAGAGUUCAGAGGACUCUGAAUCCGGGACAUCUUCAGCCUCUUCUAAUGUGUCUGCCAGGCAGAGGAGGCGACACCUCAAAGAGCAGGAGGAAGCCCGGAGAAACAGAGACAUGGAAGUUGUCAACAAGGAAAACAUUCCCUCUGGAUUCAGCAGUCUUGAAGAUUGUAUUCUAGCAGCUCAAGAUGUAGAAAAAUUGCAAGACACCAGUUCCGGAUACCUUAGUGAAAGGAAUAAAUCAAAACGGCAGAAAUCCAGCACCAAGCUCUCAGAGCUUAAUGACAACCAGGACAGUCCUGUGAGUAUGGAAAGCUUUAGCUCCUCCAAGCCUGUAGACAGAACAGGACCUGAUGACAUGGAAAUUUUACCUGAAGAAAGCAAAGAAAGUGAAAACGAUGAGGUUUUUUUCAGGCAUUCUCAGCUGACUUCAAGUAUGAAGAUUCAAGAACAUCCAAGCAUGCCUGAAAACAAGUUACAAAGAAAUCAAGAUGCUGAUGAUCAAGAAAACAGCUUUGUAUCUGAAGUGCCUCGGCUGGAUUUAACAUCACUGUGUGAUGACAACAACUGGGAAGAGCCCAUCCCUGCUCUCUCCUCAUGGCAGCGAGACAGCUUAGACUCAGAUGAGGCUCGCCUUUCCCCGCAGGCCGGGCGCUUGAUUCGCCAGCUUCUGGAUGAGGACAGCGAUCCCAUGCUGUCCCCUCGCUUCUAUGCCUAUGGACAGAGCCAACAGUACCUGGAUGAUACAGAAGUGCCUCCUUCUCCUCCCAAUUCUCAUUCCUUCAUGAGGAGACGGAGUUCGUCUUUAGGAUCUUAUGAAGACGACAGAGAAGACCUUACCCCUGCACAGCUCACCCGGAGGAUUCAGGGGUUGAAGAAAAAGAUCAGAAGAUUUGAGGACAAAUUCGAAGAGGAGAGGAAAUACAGACCUUCCCACAGUGACAAAGCAGCCAACCCUGAAGUGCUCAAAUGGACAAAUGAUUUGGCCAAAUUCCGAAAGCAACUUAAAGAGUCAAAACUGAAGAUAUCGGAGGAAGACCUUGGCCCCGUUGUGCGUCAGCGCAGCAACACGCUCCCCAAGAGCUUCGGCUCUCAGCUGGAGAAGGAGGAUGACAAGAAGCAAGACCUGUCAGAUAAAUCUGCCAAGCCUGCCGUGGAAGUGACCCUUGACUCCAUCCAGAAGAAACUUCAAGAGAAACGAGCAGAGACAAAUCGACCUGAAGACAUUAAGGACAUGACGCGAGAUCAGAUAGCAGCUGAAAAAGUGGCUCUUCAAAAAGCUUUGCUGUAUUAUGAAGGCAUUCAUGGCAGACCGGUUACCAAAAAUGAACGGCAGGUGAUGAAGCCAUUGUAUGACAGGUAUCGCUUGGUCAAACAGAUCCUCUCCAGAGCCAACACCAUCCCUAUUAUUGGUUCCCCCUCCAGCAAGCGGAGAAGCCCUUUGCUGCAGCCAAUUAUCGAGGGCGAAACAGCUUCCUUCUUCAAGGAGAUAAAGGAAGAAGAGGAGGGGUCUGAGGAGGACAGCAAUGUGAAGCCAGAUCUCACCAUCACCAUAAAAACAGAUUUCAGCGUGCGCAGCUUCUUGGAUCAACUAGAAGAUGAUGCUGAUGGCUUUGUUUCCCCCGUGGAUGAUAAGAUGCCGUCUAGGAGCAGUCAGGAUAUGGGGCUUUCAAAUCUCCAUGAAGCAUCCAUCCCUGAACUGUUAGAGCAGCUCCAAGAAGUCAGGGAAGAGAAAAAGCGAAUCAGAAAAAAAUUGAGAGACUUUGAAGAUAACUUUUUCCGACAAAAUGGAAGGAAUGUGCAGAAAGAAGACCGCACUCCCAUGGCUGAAGAGUACAAUGAAUACAAGCAGGUUAAGGCCAAACUGAGGCUGCUGGAAGUCCUGAUCAGUAAGAGAGAUAUUAGCUCCAAGAUCAUGUAACGGAGGAGAUUGUUUUUGCCAAUAAACAAAGAGGAGAGAGCACCAAAUGGACAAAUGCAUGAAGUGGAUGCAGCAGGAGCCUGACUGGGAGAGCUGAGGAGCUCCCUGGGAACUGAAGGGUCAUUGCCGGAGGUGGGAGAGGGAGGAAAGGUGGAUUUCUGUCACUCUCUACAUUUGUUGUUGCCCACUCUUUCUCCAGGCCUGAUGCCCAAAAUGGAGUUUGCCAGUGUAGGAGACACAACACUGCGCUCAGUGACUGCACUGAAGGGAUCCUACUGUAUUGAUUUGCUUACAGAUCCUAUAACAUUUAGAAUAUCAAAGCCAGCCAUGCUGUUCUUUCUUUUUCUCCAGGAUAUUAUAGCAAGAGGCAAAAUAGGAUUAAUAGUAAUGAAAUCAUCAAAUAGCUUCUACUUGAGUUGAACAGACAAGUGCUCUGACCAAUCUCAUGUUAAGGCACAGGUCAGGCAGCACCAAGACUGUUCACUUGUAGUAAAGAUUUGCUCAGACUUUUGACCUGUUUGGAGUCCAGCAUCUUCUGUUGCUCUAGAGAAAUGCUGUAAUAAUCUCCUUGUCAUCAGCCAGAGCUGGUGUGAGUUGCAGUUUUGCCCAGGCUUGAGUUGGGUUUUCUUCCCAUGUUUUUGAUGGCCAGUUCAACUGAAGUAGAAGUGCCUGCAUAUUUGGGAUAGUGAAGAAAAUGAGCCAUGCAGCCAAGUUCUUACCAGCUUGUUCUGCUUGGAGGGUGAUACUGAGACCUUCUGACCACGUUUGGGUAACAGGGAAGAGAAGAGGUUUUCAAAGCUUUAAGUCAGAAUCCCUUGUGAUUAUGGUGGUUGUUAAAUAUCUGGUGUCAAAUGUGUGGUAGAUACCUGGAAGACACACCCCAUUAGUAGAUGUGCUUCAUCGUGAUACAGACACCUGAGCCCAAGCUGAACAGUCCACAUGGGUGUCCCACAAACUCACCUAAAUUUUCUUCUUUUGUGCAUAUCACACCUGUGUGAGCUGCAGCAGAAACAAUGAUGGUGGCAGCAGAGGAUGGGUUUUUCUUCCCAUUGUAGGAGGUAUGGCAGUACAGAGGGUACCGCAGGGAACUGAGAGCAUGGAGCUGUGCUCUGCCUGUGGAAAGGGCACCUGUCUUGAGGGCAAUCUUUGACAAUUUACUGUUUCCAAAUUUGUAUAUGACUUUCAGAAAAUAAAGUCCUGGGACACCUGAUUCAGGUGCUCUUGUCAAACAGGUGCAGCCUGAAGGAGAGAAAGGCCCCGAGUUCAGAGACACCAGGUCACUGAAAGGGCUCAUAGUUCCGCCAUCCUGGGACACCAGGGCUCGCUCUCCCACUCCAGAGGCUUAAGUGCACCCCUUGCUUCACCCUGAUACCCAAGGGAGGGCAGUUCUGUAAUGCUUUCUUCAGCUCCCCAGGGGAUCAUUGCCAAUGUACAGAAGCCAAAUAGCCAAGAUGAAAUCCAGUGUUGGUUGUAGCCAGGCCUCAUGCAUGUCACACCAGAGGAGCCCAGAACAACUUCUCCCCCUUCCUUCUUUAUUAAGGGCAAGUGGGCUCACAAAUAGUUGUAUUUGGGUUGUGGUACUUCAAUUUAUCCCCUCUCACUUGCAAUGUGUGCUGUGUGUGUUCUUGCCAAAAUUGCUGCUAUUUUGGUCUCUUUGGGAUCCCUUGAACUCUUCCAAAGGCAGCCAUGGGUUGCACGUGCCCUUUGUUAGUCAGGAGGGGUGUCCUGGUUUAGGGCAAAUUCCCCCAACUUGUUCGGGAAAAGAUUUCCUUGGAGAAAAGUGGAAAAAACCUGUUUAUUUAACAAGCAAAGCACCCACAAACAUAAAAAAUGAACAAUACCAAACAAUAAAACCUUUUGUUGUUCCAAAGAGAUGGCAACUUCAGAAAGUCUUUUCCGUGGGGUAUAGCUCAGCUCGCUGUGUGUCUCUCAGUCCCUCCGGCGCUGGAAUCCAGCAUCCUGGCUCUGGUGGGCCACACAUAUGAGCUCUCAGUGUUCUUCUGAGAUUUCGGUCCAAAGCAAUUUUGAACAGUUUCAAGACAAGGAAAAGCCACAGUCCAAGGAACUUUACUGCCUCAGCUAGCUAAAACCUAACUAAAAGCAAAGGAGAGCUCUGUCGCACUGUCUGUGCUGCAGACAACACAGUCCAGGAGCAGAAUGUGGAGGAGCAAGUGCAGUUUCUGCAAACAAACUGUGCCUUCUUUGCCCCCCUUCACUCUUGGAACCAGUCUUAGAGGUGCAAAACCUAAUAUCCUGCAUAAACAGAACAGGCAAUUGGGGAUACAAGCAUCAUAAAGUCACCCCAGGACAUUGGGUAAGGCAGAGUUAGGUGUUAGUGAAAGCACUUGGGAUGGGGACUUAUGGCUUGGUUUGGUUUUUUGUCGAUUGCAGAAUUGCCUGUUCCAUAUAAAACCAGCAAAGACUGAAUUUUGUAUUUCCCAACCGUCCAGAGGACUUGUGUGCUGACCUAGGGUUUGGCUUUUCAGAGGUGCUGAGGUCCCAUCUGAGAUGGGAUCUCCUCUGAUCCUUGGAGUGUGUUAACUGGGCUGACAGGUUGGCUCAAAAAAUGCUUUGAAGGGAAGCCUGAGCAGGGUAAACCCCUGUCCCUACACAGGGCAGCCCAGGAAUCCAUAGCUGUGCCUUUGCCUGCUCCCACAGGCUCUUCGUCUCAUUGUCAGCUCUCCCUAGUUAUUUUAGGGAAAGCAGCUGAGCCAAGCUGGCUGCAGCGUCAUUCUGCUGGUGGAAGUGUGGGAUGAGAAAGAAUUCUGGGUUACCAAAAGGUCCUUAACACUGUCUCAUUUUUAUAUUGUUCAGGCCCAGUUCAGGAAAGCAAAAGCCUAGAUGGUGAGCAUGUGCCUCAAGCUGGCCUGCCUUCGGGAUAUUGCCGAGUUAAAAUGGAGUAAAACCUGUGUGCUUUGCAGAAUCUGGGCCUGGACACCUUUAAAUGGAUGAGAGAAGCAAUUUCUGCUCUUUUUCAUAAUCAUGCAUUUUUUCAGUAGGCUGAGGCUUCCCAGGCUUAUGUUUUCUCUGCUUAUUUUUAAAAGCUUCUUUGCACUGUGUACUGAUAAAUUACCUGUUUUGCUGCUGUUGGGGGUUAAGUUUCUUUGCUUUUGUUCCUUUUUACUUGCAGAAUUUUUUCCCAUAAGUUGCUAGGAAGCACUUAAGACUGGGUACUUCAGAAAAACAAAA